GGGCGACGCCGCUUCCGCCCGGCGCCAAGAUGGCGGCGCCCUUUGUCUGUUACGUGUCACGGUGAGCGCCCCGGCUCCCCCGGCGGGCCCGGCAUGGCAGAUGUUGCAGAAUCAGUUCCUGGAAAUGAGGCCAAACUCUGCUUCCCAGAGGCUGGAAGGAUCAGUGCAGCUUUGCUCCCCCAGCUGACACAGGAGAAGGGAGAUGAUGCCAUGGAUUUCCCCCAGCACAGCAAACAAGUCCUGCAGCAGCUGAACCAGCAGAGGCAGCUGGGUUUGCUGUGUGACUGCACCUUCGUGGUGGAUGGCAUUGACUUCAAGGCCCACAAAGCUGUGCUGGCUGCCUGCAGUGAGUACUUCAGGAUGCUCUUUGUGGACCAGAAGGAUGUGGUGCACCUUGACAUCAGCAAUGCAGCAGGUCUGGGCCAGGUUCUGGAGUUCAUGUACACGUCCAAGCUCAGCCUCAGCCCUGACAACGUGGAGGACGUGCUGGCUGUGGCAGGGUUCCUGCAGAUGCCGGAGAUCGUCAGCGCUUGCAACGCUCUCAAAUCCCUCUCCCAGCAGCCCCCAGCAGACACUGGGGCUGACAAAGGGAAGGUGGAGGACAAGAAAUCACCUGUAGAAGCACAGGGUGAUGCUGACAAAAUAAAAGCAGCUCCUUCUAACCUGGAGGUGAAGGAGGAGCCACCUGCAGCUGCAGCAGCACAGCCCGAGGCACCAGCAGAGCAGCCCAGUGGCCAAGCAAGUGAACCACCAGCCCAUGGGGCAGAUGCUGCUGUCCAGGAGGCCCCCAAAGUCGAAUUUCCCAACCCCUUGCAGCCAGUGGAGAGCAUGGUCAGCAGCAGCAGCAGUCCCAUGGAGAAGGAAACCAUCUCUCCAAGCACCAAAACGGGAGAGAUGGAGUUGGUAGGAAAGGAGGAGGAGGAGGAGGCGGAGAGGACGGUGAAGGACAAGGAGGAGGUGGACAAAAUCCCUGAGGAGGAGGAGGAGGACAAAAUCCCCAAGGAGGAGCAGCAGCCCCGGUCUGAGAACGGGGAGAACGCCGAGGACGAGUCGGGAAGCGCCGAUUCCGGGCAGGAAAACUUGGGAGAGCCCCACCUGCUGCGCUCCGGGAUCUACAGCGACCGCACCGAGUCGAAAGCCUACGGCUCUGUCACCCACAAGUGUGAGGACUGCGGGAAGGAGUUCACUCACACCGGGAACUUCAAGCGGCACAUCCGGAUCCACACUGGGGAGAAGCCCUUCUCCUGCAGGGAGUGUAACAAAGCCUUCUCUGACCCAGCUGCCUGCAAAGCCCACGAGAAGACACACAGCCCUCUGAAGCCCUACGGCUGCGAGGAGUGUGGGAAGAGCUACCGCCUGAUCAGUCUGCUGAACAUCCACAAGAAACGGCACACGGGGGAGGCCAAGUACCGCUGUGAUCACUGUGGCAAGCUCUUCACCACCUCUGGCAACCUCAAAAGGCACCAGCUGGUCCACAGCGGGGAGAAACCCUACCAGUGUGACUACUGCGGGCGCUGCUUCUCCGACCCCACCUCCAAGAUGCGGCACCUGGAGACCCACGACACCGACAAGGAGCACAAGUGUCCCCACUGUGACAAAAAGUUCCACCAGGUGGGAAACUUGAGGGCUCACUUGAAGAUCCACAUUGCUGAUGGGCCCCUCAAGUGCCGGGAGUGUGGCAAACAGUUCACCACUUCAGGGAACCUGAAACGGCACCUCCGGAUCCACAGCGGGGAGAAGCCCUACGUCUGCGUCCACUGCCAGCGCCAAUUCGCCGACCCCGGCGCGCUGCAGCGACACGUCCGCAUCCACACGGGAGAGAAGCCGUGCCAGUGCUUGAUCUGUGGGAAGGCCUUCACCCAAGCCAGCUCCCUCAUCGCCCACGUGCGCCAGCACACGGGGGAGAAACCCUACGUCUGUGAGCGCUGCGGCAAGAGGUUCGUGCAGUCAAGCCAAUUGGCCAACCACAUCCGCCACCACGACAACAUCCGACCCCACAAAUGCACCGUCUGCAACAAAGCCUUUGUCAACGUUGGAGACCUCUCCAAGCACAUCAUCAUCCACACUGGGGAAAAGCCCUUCCUGUGUGACAAGUGUGGCCGGGGCUUCAACCGUGUGGACAACCUGCGCUCCCACGUCAAGACCGUGCACCAGGGCAAGGCAGGGAUCAAGAUCCUGGAGCCCGAGGAAGGGGGAGAGGUCAACAUUGUCACGGUGGCUUCUGAUGACAUGGUGACACUGGCCACUGAGGCACUGGCUGCCACUGCUGUCACCCAACUGACAAUGGUCCCGGUGGCCGCCGCGGUGACAGCGGACGAGACGGAGGCGCUGAAAGCCGAGAUCACCAAAGCGGUGAAGCAGGUGCAGGAGGCAGAUCCCAACACCCAAAUCCUCUACGCCUGUGACUCCUGCGGGGAGAAGUUCCUGGAUGCCAGCAGCCUGGCCCAGCACGUGCGGAUCCACACGGCCCAGGCCCUCGUCAUGUUCCAGGCUGACCCAGACUUUUACCAGCAGUACGGAACCACCUGGCACACCGAGCAGGUCAUCCCUGCUGGGGAGCUGCUCUUCAGAACCCGGGAUGGACCCCCCGAGCCUCUCCCACCCACUCCCGGGGAGGGGCAGACCCCCCCGGAGUGAUUCCAACCUUCCCUCACUCCCACCCCCACCCCUCACCCUUCUUCGCCUUUUAUUUAAAUGCUGCUCAGAAAUGGUGUAAAAAGUGUAAUUCUGGGGGUAGAGAUGGAAUAAAUGGCAAUAUUUUCUAGAA